CACCCCCGUUCUCCGAGCACUGGGGGCGCUCUGCCGGGAGGACCAGUGAGGUACCUCCCUCCACCGACCUGGGCCUGCUGUCAACCUGAUAACGAGCCCCACGGCACCCGCGGACGGACGAUAUGCGCCUGGAUUUGUGAACGCCUCCGGCUGUUGGAGACGACACCGGACCGGACCGGGCCGGGCCGGCCCGCGGCCUGCAGCCUGUCAUGUCGGAGGAGAGCUCGCCGCCCAUCGGACCCGCUCUGCCGCCCGGCUACAAGACGCGGGGGCAGCCCGACUCCGACCACAGGCGCCGGCCGAGAGCCGUGCUCGAUGACACAGUUGCAGGACCAGCAUUACCUCCAGGAUUUCGGUCGAGCAAAAGCUCAGAGAGUUCAGAUGACGAUGAGGUCCACUGCACCAAUGAGGAGCGGCAAAGCUCAGCCCAAGAGUUGAGGAAAUCGGACAGAUUAGUAACAGAGGAGAGUAAUGGCACGUCGAGAUCCAGGUGUAAGCAGCCUGCUGCUUCCCAAUCUGAAGAUAACAGCGAUGGGUUCUUCGGUCCUGCUCUUCCGCCUGGAUUUCCAAAACGAGCUCAGUCACCUGACCGUCCUUUAAUAGGCCCUGCACUACCACCUGGCUUCAGCAAGUCGGACAAAGAAACAGAGCUAGCUGUACCUUCGACUUUGAAUAUGCUGCCUCCCGAGGAAGGCAGUGAUGAGGAGACCCUGAUUGGGCCAAUGCCCUCAAUGGGGACAGAUGAAAGCAGUGUAACUGCAGAUAUUGAGCGGAGGUCAAACAGAAUGAAGGAAAAGCUGGUAUCUGGGAACAAGGAUGAGACUUCUAAGCAGGCUAGGGAGUCUUGGAUGACUGAGCUGCCACCAGUGUUACAACAUAUAGGCCUGGGUGCAAGAACAUUUAAGAGGAGUGCAAAUGGAGAAUCGUCUGACCGCUCCAUCUGGACGGAUACUCCGGCUGACAGAGAAAGGAAAGCUCAGGAAAUGUUAGAAGGAAAAGUGUCCUCUGGGAAAGAUCCUGAACAGGCCUGUGUCUCUGAAAGGGAUAAACGACUGAACAUGGAGGUGGCAUUAUAUAAUAAAUCCACACGAUCGGAGUCCCUUCUGGACAUGCACAGCAAGAAACUGAAAAGAAAAGCAGAAGCUGAGAAGAGCAGACCGCAGGAGCGGCGGCCAUUUGACCGUGACCAGGAUCUCCAGGUUCACCGGUUCGAUGAGGCCCAGAAGAAGGCGUUAAUCAAGAAGUCUAAGGAGCUGAACUCCAGGUUUUCACAUGGAAAAAGCAACAUGUUUCUGUAAAAAAAAAAUACUAGUGGCAAAUUGCAGAUUUAGAUCGACUGUCUUCGGUCCAUAGUUUAAUUCUGUUGUGGUAUUCUAUUUUGUUUGGCAUAUUGGGUCAAACUGGCAUGUAUGAGUGGCAGAUCUCUUGUAAUAAAAUGUUCUUUGUUUAAUAAUUUUAAUUAAUUAAAAUAAAAGUAAAUGGGUUUUUAUUUA